AUGUCGAGGGAGAAUUUAAUGGCAAGAAGAUCUGCUUCUACCAGCAACGUUGGUCCACAGCAGGGGUGGGGUCCUCCACCACCUCCACCUCCACCUUCCGGUGGGCCGCCCCCGCCAUCCGUCAUUGUUGAACUGGAGGAUAGGCGCGGGAGUCUGCCUUUAGCGCAACUGAAGGAGGAAGAAGAAGAAUUUUUUCAAGAAGUUGAAAGUGGAGACGUGCGCAAAGUCGAAAGGUUCCUGAACGAGCACCGAAACUUGAACAUCAAUUGCAUCAAUUACAAAGGGCAGAACGCUUUGCAAAUUGCUAUUAAGAAAGAAAACGAAGAUAUGGUGAAAUUUUUAUUUCGUCGGCCGGAUUUGGAAGUCCGAGAUGCGGCUUUGUAUGCCAUUACGACAGGAAACAUCGAUUUAACCACCAUCAUCUUAGACUAUAUCAAGAGUUCGAGUCCUGAGAAUGAGAUGCUGGGAUGUCAGGACAGUCCUAAUUAUUCCCCAGAUAUCACUCCUUUGAUCCUCGCUGCACAGUGUGGAGAUUACAAGAUUGUCCGGCUGCUUCUGGAAAGAAACCACGUUAUUGAAAAACCUCACUUACCAAGUUGUUUGUGUCCAACGUGCAAGAUAAUGAUCGAACAGAUGGGCUCAGCUCUUUCUAGGAUGCGUUUGAACGCUUACAAAGCCAUCAGCAACCCUGCAUACAUAUGUCAAAUCUCAGACGAUCCCAUAUAUUACGGAUUCGGAUUAGACAGGGAGCUCAAACAAUGUGGACUUUUGGACAAGGAAUUUAGAGAAUUUUCCCCUUCUCUCCAUGGCAGCUGCGUAGGGAAGGUAAUAUUACCAAGCCAAGAGACAAGGUUUGGUUUUUGCACAUGGAAGUUGGGCUGUCGGCCCUCUUCUCUCUACGCAGAAUAUGAAGCUCUAGCGCAAGAAGUUCGAAAUUUCACGGUAACGAUAUUAGCAAUGUGUCGUGACAUAUCAGAAAUUGAAAUUCUUCUAAAAUUAGACUGGGGAUACGAAGGAUCCUUAGAAAAAAUUCCAUUUCCGAGAUUGCAAUUGGCUCUUGAUUAUUAUCAAAAAGAAUUUGUGGCUCACUCAAUGGUUCAGACCAUCCUGACGUCUUAUUGGCUCGGAGAAUUCAGGUCUUGGCCGCGAUUGUCGCUGACGGAAAAAAGCUUGAGGGUCCUGGUGAGGGUAAUAUUCCUGCCUUUCAUAUGCAUCGCUCUGCUUUUCAUCCCCCAGAUAAAGAUCUUGAGGAAAUGGCGGGCACCUCUCAACCGGUACCUAAUGUGGCUUUCUUCUUACAUAUUUUUCGUCUUCUGUGUAUACUGGUUAAACUACUUAGAUACCGGGAAAGCUGCCAGAGGUCCACCACGUACAGACGCAAAAAGGGACAUUAUUCACCAAAGGAAGAACAUCGAAAAGAAAUUUUGGCCACACAGCGAUGCAACCCUUUUGCACGAAGGUUUCUUCGCCAUAGCUACUAUCUUAUCUUUUGGGAAGUUGGCUUAUUACUGCCUUCAGAGUUCAAGACUCGGACCGCUGCAGGUCUCCAUGGGUAAAAUGGCCAUUCAAAUCAGCUACUUCCUAAUUGUAUGUUUUUUGAUCAUUACCAGCUUCGCUGUACCUAUGGCCAGAAUGUAUGCUUACUACAGUUCACCCUUCAAUUCGUUUUCAGAUGCUUUUACAACUUUCUUCUGGGCAAUGUUUUGCAUGUCUGACGUUGAAUCUCCAGAUAUCGUCAAAUCGAAUUCGGCGAAAGACAAAAAUGGUCCAGUCAUAAACUCCCAUGUUUUCACCGAAGGUGUGGGUAGGACUCUGUUCGCAACUUUCCACCUCAUGAUGGUUAUAGCGCUUCUUAACACGCUGAUUGCCAUUCUGUCGAACACAUUUCAGAAUGUUGUGCAACACUUGUUUUACAUGAUGGUAAUCCGAUGCUACUUCUUCGGGUUCCCUGGCGAUCAGCUGCACUAUAUCCAGUGGCAACAAGCUAAGCAAAUGAGCGACCCAAUUUUCCUCGGGAAUUUCAGCUCUCUUUGCUUGUCGCUCGAAGAUCACCAGAUAUAG